CAAAAUUACAAUGACAGAUUUGGAAGAGGCAUUAGAAAUAAUUUAUGAAAAUCGAGCGUAUAACCAUUUAGAAAGAUAUACAGAGAUAAAAGUAUUAAAAUGGGGAGAAUAUAAUGAUGUACAAAAAGUAUUAAAAGAUGGAGCUAUUAAUACAAUUAUUGCAUCCGAUAUUCUUUAUGACCCAGCUUCAUUUCCAAAAUUGGUACAGACUUUAGAUUGGCUUAGUAGUGAACAAACAGACAUUUAUUUAGGAUAUAAACGGCGCGGACUUGAUCCUCAAAUAGAACAAAGCUUUUUUAAUAUUUGCUCGGAAAAGUUUUAUAUCAAAUUAUUAGAGAAAUCUUCUUCAAGAAGCCAAAGGGGAUGGAUCCUGAGUGAAUUUUCAGAUAUAUGUCAAGACACGGGUGUAAAUAUAUACCAACUUACUCGUAAAUAACACAUAGAAAUAGACAUAGAAAUAAACAUUUAAAAAAAAAAAAAAAAAAAAA